GUCAUUCUUUUCAUGUGUACCUCCAUUUAUUACCUUUGUCUUUUACAUCCAUUCCCUUCUCCAUCCACUCAAUGCUGUUUUGCCCUUUCCCUCUCCUAAUAUUAUAACCUUUUGUUGCCACUAAAUAAUAUAAGCUUCAACCCUCAAUAUCUCUCUCUAUCUUUUUCUAUCUCUUUCCCUUUGCAUAUCUCUCUUCCAAUUAGGGUUUCCUCUUUAAGGGUACAAGAACAGAUUCAAAAAAGGUACUUCCCUUUUAGUAAUUCUCCUGAUCAAAGAAACCUACAUAUCACAAACAGAGCUGAAUUCCGGACGAAGAAAGAUACAUAUAUACAUCGCAGGAGAAAAAAUGGCAUCAUCAAGCUCAUACAAUUCACCAUGUGCAGCCUGCAAAUUCCUUCGUCGAAAAUGCAUGCCAGGCUGCAUCUUUGCACCAUACUUUCCACCGGAAGAACCUCAAAAAUUUGCAAACGUUCACAAGAUCUUCGGCGCAAGCAACGUCACAAAGAUCCUCAACGAACUCCUCCCUCACCAGAGAGAAGAUGCAGUGAAUUCCCUUGCUUAUGAAGCCGAGGCACGUGUGAGAGAUCCUGUUUAUGGUUGUGUUGGUGCUAUCUCUUUCCUUCAGAGACAAGUUCAGAGACUUCAAAAGGAACUUGAUUCUGCUAAUGCCGAUCUUCUUCGCUUUGCUUACAAUGAAAUCUCUCCGAAUUCCUCUCUUCCACCUCUUCCUCCUCUUGUUGUUCCGGCUUCGUUUCAUCAAUCUCAAAGACAGUUUAGUUCAAGAUUUGGUAAUGGAAAUGUUGAUGGAAAUGGAUUUUACUCUUCUUUUCCUUAUGCUAUUCCAUGGAUUAAUGAUACCUCUUCUGAGGAUAUAAGUGGAGGUGUAGGUGGAAGAGGAGGAGGUGUAGGAGGAGGUAAUUUGUGAAAUCUGAAUUUCUAUCUAGCUAGGGUUUAUUUACGUUAUGUCACUUGUUGAGAGUUGUUGGGUAUUAUAUAAGUCUGGUUCUUUCUAUGGCUAUGUAUGUAGCCAUAGUUGGAGUGUUGUGUCUAGGUCUACUAUUUUGUGUUUUUUAUUUAAUAAUUUGAAUUUUGAAUAAGGCUUUUUUGUAUUUCAUUGUCUAGUUGUUGAUGAGGAAGUGUUGUUUAAAUUAAAACCUAGCUAGUGAAUAAGUUGGUAUAUAGGGCAUGCAUGGAAGUAUGAUUAAUGUAUGGCUACAUAUCAACACUACUAGUCUUGUUUGUGUAUUGAUCAAUGAAAAUGCAAACUCUAUAGGCAUGUGCAUUUGAGUUGACAUUCUCUGUCAUUGUUUAUUUAUUAUUAUCAAAAAUAAAUGAAUGAAAUGAAGCAUA